ACAUGGAGGGAUAGCAUUAUUAGCAGAUGAUGAUUGAUGUUGGCUAGGAUACAAGAGACACUUGCACAUAGGAGAUUGGCCAGGAAUGGUUGGGUCAAGUGUGAACAUGGAAACAGCUGCAAGCACGCCCUCUCUGUUGCUGCUGGAGGAACUGAUGGACAGUCCUGAAAGUGGGCCCCAGCUCAAACGUUACCCGUCCAGUCGGACCAGCUUACCUAAUCUGUCACCAGUGUCACCUGGUGGUAAUGGCAGGUCCAAGGGGCCACAGAGCCUCCUCCAAGAUUUUCUUCGAGCUUCAUCCCGGAGAGGCAGCAGGAGGAGAACAGCAGAGGUCUCUGAGACGCCAGAUCCUCCACCCGUGACGAGGAGGAUCUGGUGUGACAGUGAGGAGUGUCUGUUGGGUAGUCCGUUCAUCAAGAUCCAACAGUUUCCUCAGAACGGACAGUGUCAGAACUGUGGCCAGGUCAUGAAGGAUGUUGCCACCAAUACAGAAGCGGACCAGGAUGCAAAACCUGGAGAUGUUGGUGUCAGUCCUCAAGGUCAGGUUACCGGGGAUGCUGGCCAAUUGGAGCCAAGCAUUGAAGAAGCUGCGCCAAGGGUUGUUCGGAGACCAAGGAAGAACUCGAAUCUGAACAAAGUUUCAUUUGAUGAGAAGUCAUCAAGGAGGAGAAGUCUUCCGAUGGCUUUUGACUGGUGGUCGGAUAAAGUGCUGAAAAGACAAAGUUCAAAUAUCAAAGACAAUGUUCUGAAAUCGUGGUGUCAAGAUGAAAACGAUCCAGCACCUUACGGACCACGUUCAGUUAGUGAUCAGGCAAUACAUCAAACUGUUGUAGGUGCUUCCAGAACUAGUGUUGAUGCAAUAAAACCAGAGUCUCCAAAAUACAAAGCAAGCAGUCAAUUGACUUUGAGUGAAAGUGGAGGAUGGUUCAAAGCCAAGAAAGAACUCAAACAUGUUUCUAAAUCAACUCCAAACCUCUCGUACCCUUCAACUCAAGUAGAUAAGUUAGAGUCUGCUAGACUAGCAGCUUGGUGGGAGGCCUCUCCGUAUCCUGUCCGUUCUCAACGUUUCACAUUCCGGUCCCAUUCCAGUGGUGGUCAGAAAGUAGUCCUGAGGAAAGGUCAAGCUUCCUUUGAAGUUUCAGCCAGGGGUAAGAGAAGACAGUCAACCAACCUCGCUGAUCUUGAAGACUUGAUGGGUGCAGUCUCAGGAUCAGAAGAAGAAACUGAAACAGACGGUGAAGGCCACACCUCCAGAGCAAUCCUGUUGCCAUAUGAGGCAUUGCAGGAGGAGAUGGAUGCACGCGCAGGGAACUUCAAUCACUCCAAUUCCAAAGAUCAAAUUCCAGCCAUCAGAAUAGAUUCAACCAAAGAACACAGGACACCUCAGAGACCUCACAGUUUAUUCCAUGACCGUUUAACGCCAAAGACACCAGAAACAUUGUCCAGAUCAACACCGUACAUCAACGGGUCUGGACCCGUCUCAAGUGAGUGGUCAUUCUCAUCACCUAGUCUAGAAAGUGUGAUCCAAUCCCAGUUUCUCAGGAACACUUCCCUCUCCUCGCUGCAACAUGAGCAAAAGCACCACCACAAGAGCUUUUUACCAGGGGAAGGACUGGGGACACCAAAGAGACUACAGGGUGGUAGAAGGAGUGGCACCAAAGGAAAGGAACUGUUGCGCCACUCCUGGGCUGGUCGACCUAACCCGCUCAGUACCUCUUUGUUGAAGUUGGUCAAGAGUGAAAGGUCAUCGUGGAUUGGUGCGGCCAACGAGCUUCCGGUCAUACCAGAAGAUAGAGGCAAAGAGAGGGUCAAGGAGCAGCAGAGAUCUUUCAUCAGACUCCAGGGAUCUACCACUUCUUCCCUUGGCUCAUCAGUGCAAUACCAUGGGGUAAGUUCCACUUCAUCAUAUUCUCUGUUCAGAGCCAGAAGGACGUUGAACUAUGCGCUGAAAUAUAUGGGGUUAAUGCCCUUUUGGCUCCGAACCCCAGCCCCCCACUCAGUGUUAUUUAGGGUACGCGUAUACAUGUUUUUCAUUUGA